UCGCCAUAUUAUUCAUGCCGGGCAAGAUGGCGGCGAUACGGCCGAGGUAUUAUUGCCAGUGGAUAUGAACAGGCAUUUUGAUCAUAGUAUAAAACGGAAUAAGAGAUAUUCAUGGUUACGAAUAGAACAGUAUAGCAUUGCUGUAACGCCGGCGUCUAUACUAGUUUGGAUUUCUGCUUUUCUAGGUGUUUUUUAACCAGAAUGUUCAGGUUGUAGCUCGCUCCGACCGAGCAGCUAGCUCACCGAGGCUAGUCCGGCAGCUAGCUACCAUCACAGAGAAAGCGGAGAAUGGGAGAAAAGCUGGAACUCAAACUCAAGUCGCCGGUCGGAGCCGAAGCCGCUGGCUACCCUUGGCCGUUACCAGUAUACGAUAAACACCAUGACGCCGCCCAUGAAAUCAUCGAGACCAUCCGAUGGGUGUGUGAGGAGAUUCCAGACCUCAAACUGGCGAUGGAAAACUAUGUACUCAUCGAUUACGACACAAAGUGCUUUGAAAGCAUGCAGAGACUUUGCGAUAAGUACAACAGAGCCAUCGACGGCAUUCACCAACUGUGGAAGGGGACGGCCAACAUGAAGCUGAACAAGAGGCCCUCCAACGGGCUGCUGAGGCACAUCCUGCAGCAGGUGUACAACCACUCGGUCACCGACCCCGAGAAGCUCAACAACUACGAGCCCUUCUCGCCCGAGGUGUACGGCGAGACCUCCUUCGACCUGGUGGCGCAGAUCAUCGGCGAGAUGGAGAUGAUGGAGGACGACACCUUCGUGGACCUCGGCAGCGGUGUCGGCCAGGUGGUGCUGCAAGUGGCGGCAGCAACCAACUGUAAGCACUACUUCGGGGUGGAGAAGGCAGACAUCCCCGCCACAUACGCAGAGUCCAUGGAUAAAGAGUUCAAGAAGUGGAUGAAGUGGUACGGGAAAAAGCACGGCGAAUACACGCUUGAAAGGGGGGAUUUUCUCUCUGAAGAAUGGAAGGAAAGGAUUGCCAACACCAGUGUUAUAUUCGUGAAUAACUUUGCCUUCGGUCCGGAGGUCGACCACCAGCUGAAGGAGCGUUUUGCCAACAUGAAGGAAGGUGGAAAAAUUGUAUCCUCAAAACCGUUUGCACCUCUAAAUUUUAGAAUAAACAGUCGAAACUUGAGCGAUAUCGGCACAAUAAUGCGGGUCGUCGAGCUGUCUCCUCUCCGGGGAUCGGUGUCCUGGACAGGGAAACCGGUCUCCUACUACCUGCACACCAUAGACCGAACCAUACUUGAAAACUAUUUUUCUAGCCUGAAAAAUCCUAAACUCAGGGAGGAGCAGGAGAUUGUGCGGCGGCGGCAGCAGAAGGACAGCAAGGACAGCAAGAGCAACAGCACUACACCCACCAAGCCCAAAGAGCCGACCAAGGUGCUACAGCAGGAUUCCUGCGGUGAGGAGGAGGAGCCUAGCCCGGUGGCACUGAAGGCGUCGCCCAAGCCGCGGCGGGCCCGGCUGCUCUCCAAGGGCCGCAAGCUGAACAACAAGAAGCGCGGGCGGCCCAAGAAGGCGGCGGCGGCGGUGGUGGCGGCGGCGGCGGUGGCGGCGGCGGCGGUGGUGGUGGCGGAGCGCAAGAACAACAAAAAGGGCCAGAGCGCACUGGACCUGCUGCACGCCAAGACCCUCUCCGCGGCACCCCCUCAGGAUGCGUACCGGUCUCCUCAGACUCCCUACUACCAGCUACCUCCCAAGGUGCAGCACUACGCCUCUAGCCAGCUGCUGAUGAGCCCCACUCCUCCAGGCCUGCAGCAUCUACUGGACAACAUCAAGGUCCAGUACCUGCAGUUCAUGGGCUACAUGAAGACGCCGCAGUACCGGUCCAACCUGCAGCAGCUGCUGGAGCAGGAGAAGCUGAAGCAGCGUGAGCUCUCAGGACAGGCGGAGAAUCUCCACUCCGUGUGCGAGUCCCACCGGGAGAAGAUCAAACGGCUGUUCCAGACCAAGCUGGACGAGCUGGGGGUGAAGGCUCUGACGGUGGAGGACCUCCUGCAGGCGCAGAAGGAGAUCUCUGCCCACAACCGGCAGCUGAAGGAGCAGACCAAGCAGCUGGAGAGGGAGAUGUCUGAGCUACGGGACCACAGCCUGCUGCUGCUGAAGGCUCGUUGUGAGGAGCUGCGUUUGGACUGGGGCUCUCUGUGCCUGGAGAGCCUGCUGAAGGAGAAGCAGGCACUGCGGAGGCAGAUCUCGGAGAAGCAGAGGCACUGCCUGGAGCUGCAGAUCAGCAUCGUGGAGCUGGAGAAGAGCCAGCGGCAGCAGGAGCUCCUCCAGCUGAAGUCGUACGGGCCGUGCGACGGCUCCCCCUACCGGAAGGGCCUGGACCCGCGGCAGGGCCUGGAUGGGGACCCCUCCAAGAUGCUGCUGUCCUCGGGCCCCGCCCACAACGGCCUGGGCGCCGAGGUCAACGGCGCCAAGGGGGACCUGCUCACGCGCUACCUGCCCGCCAUCGCCAUGGAGCACGAGACCGCCCCCAACGGGCGGGCCGCGCGCCACCUGGGGGUCUGCCACGCCCUGCCCGACUACACCCGCUUCUCCCCGGCCAAGAUCGCCCUGCGGCGCCACCUCAACCAGGACACGUCGCUGCAGCUGCGCGGCAUGGCGCUGGCCACUCACAGGGGGGAACAGUGUGGUGUGAUGUCACCCCUGGGGGCAAAGCUCAACUGUCCCUCUCCCAGCUCCUCCGACGGCCACAACGGCACCCCCAAGGCCUCCGACAGGGGUGGGAAGGAGAAGAGUCCGUCUGGGCUGGGCGGGGACCCCCCCAUAAAGAGCCUGCCCAUCAGUAUCCCCCUGAGCACCGUCCAUCCCAGUAAGCUGCCAGUCAGCAUCCCGCUGGCCAGUGUGGUGCUGCCCAGCCGAGCCGAGAGACUGAGGAAUACUCCCAGUCCUGUGUCUCAGACGGGACAGACCAACGGCUUCUGUUCUGGCUCAGGGCUGAUGAACGGCGGCUGUCACUCUGACGACCACGACGGCGCCUCUCCCUCCCCUCACCCCCACGCCAACGCCUGCCCGGCGGGCCCGCCCACCGCCGGCGGGGGGGUGCUCCACUACGCCGACGGGCCCCCCCGGAUCCCCCCCGAGGACCUCCCACCGGGGGCGGAGUCGGACGCCGAGCCGCAGGACGGCGAGUCCCGCCGCCGCAUCUUCUUCUCGUCCUCGUCCUCCUCGUCCUCGUCCUCCUCUUCCUCGUCGUCCCUGGGGGGGGCGGCGGCGGCGGCGCGGCACCACCACCACCACCAUCACCACGGCAACAACAACAGCAACAACAACGCCGGCAAGCAGGGUCAUCACGGUAGCCACGGAAACAACCACCACCACCACAAUCACCAUCAGCACCACUCCCAUCAUCAGUCGCCCGGGGUUCAACAACAGCAGCAGCAGCACGCACACCCCCCCACCCCCCCGCUGCACGGGACGGGGGCCCAGGAGGGGCGGAAGCGCGGGCGGAGGAAGCGCAGCUCCGCGGGGGCCGCCUUGGCCGCCAGCGUCUCCCCCAAGAGGAGGUCGUUCCACGGGCUGGGGGCCGGCAGUCACCCGUCGGGCUCCCCGCUCAACAUCAACACCAUGGUGAACAACAUCAACCAGCCACUGGAGAUCUCGGCCAUCUCGUCCCCGGAGCAGGGCAGCCCGGCCGGCGGGGACCGGGAGCAGCCGCCCGUCCUGAAGCGGGAGCGGCCCCUGGAGCCCAACGGGACGGGCGCGUACUCCUCGGCCCCCAGCUCGGACGACGACGGCGACUCGGGCUACCCCGCCGACACCUCCAGCUCACGAAUUGAAAGGAAGAUUGCCACCAUAUCGUUGGAGAGCAGAGACGGUCCCAGCAGGACCGGAGAGGGAGGAGAGAGAGGAAGGAAGUCUGGUGGCAGCAGUGGCCACAGCACCGGCAGCGACGCCUCCUCCUCCUCCUCCUCCUCCUCUUCCUCCUCCUCCUCCUCCCUCUGCUCCACCAGCAAGUGGAAGUCCACCUUCUCCCCCAUCUCCGACCCCAAGCACCCGGGCUCCGACAUGAGGCAGGGGGGCUCCCCCUUCGGCCUGGGGGGGGCCCCCUGCCGCGGGCCGGACCCCGACUCCUCGGACCACAAGCAGCAGCAGCCGGGCCGGAGGGGCAGCGAGGGGGAGGCGGCCACCUUCUCCUCCUCCAACCCCUUCCUCAGCCAGGAGGUGGUGCUCCGGGGAGGGGGCGGGGGAGGUGGAGGAGGGUCCCAGGGCGGUGGCGGCGGCGGCGGUGCGGACCAGCGCCAGAGCUUCCAGAAGCAGAAGGGGUCCCGGGACUGGGAGCUGAAGGGCGGCGGCGGCGGCGGCGGCGGCGGAGGAGGCCUGGCCGGCCAGAACCUGUUCAUGGCCGCCGCCAGCGGGGGCGGAGCCGGGGGCGGCGGCGGCCGGAGCGGGAAGGCGGGCGGCGGGCCCGCGGCGGCCUCGUCGGCCUCGGGGCCGGGGGGGCAGUACCUGGGGGCCCAGUUCUCCCUGGGGGGGCCGACCGUGCUGCAGUCGCUGUUCGGCGCCCAGACGGGGGCGCCCACGGUGAACAGCGGGGCGCGGCUGGUCAACGGCCACUGCUCCAUGGGGGGCUUCUCCAGCGCCGGGCUGGCCGGCGGAGCGGCGGGAGGUAACUGAUGAAAACUACCUCAACCCAACGUAACCUAUGCAACCGGGACGCUCACCGUACCUACCGAUGCUUCAGAACACCUCCAGACCCACCGCCUCGAGACCGGCCACCGGACUGGGAUGUAACGCGUCUGCACCACUCUAUUCACACACACACACACACACACAGGCAAACACGCACAUUCUCAGACACGCACCCAGACUUCCAAAGCAUAAAUCAUGCUUACAAGUGAUGAAAUUAAUGUCUAGAUGAAUACAGAUGUGUCUGUAGUUGGUGGUGCUUACAGGAAUUGAACUGUCGUAACAUUACAUUGCGGUGCUCUAAGAACUAGUUUGGUAUUAUUUUUUGUCUGUCAUGAUUAACCCAUGGCUCUGAUUUUGCUUGAAUGGUGCAUUUAAUUAUUCAAGAAUCAAUGAAUCCUCUUCUUCUAAUUGAAUAGAAUAUUUUCUAUUCGUGAGGUGGAUCCAGGAGUCCCUUGAUAGCCUUCAGAAUUGUCCAAUCACAUCACUGAUCCGUCUGUUAAGCCCCUCCCACUCGUUAUGCCUCGUCCCCACAAGUCAGGCUCCUGAUUGGUCAGUGAAACACAAAGUGUGUGAAAUCGCAUCUCACUAUGAGGAUAGAAUUUGGGAACAAAUUCUCAUGUUGACUUCGCCCAUCAAUAGAGGACCCCAUCCACUCGGACACCAACUAAAACCCUUUCCGGACUCCUAACGUGAGCCGAACCUGCAACUCUAGCCAAACAUUCUGGGACUCUAACUAGUCAUGUGUUCAGUUGAGCAGCAAACCGGCAUGCACGCAUACACAGGCGCGCGCACGCACACAGACACGCGCACACAAACACGCUCACACACACACUCACACAUCCACAUCCUCACACUGGGAAUCCAAAAGCAACAAGGACUACCGUACUACUGGACUGUUGUCACACUUUGUUUUGUUUGGCUUUUUAAUUUUCUAAGUUAUUUUUCUAACAGUGUUUGUACUGUGAAUGGGAUUCAAUAUUAGACUGUACAAUUGUGUAUAAUUUAGAUUAUUAUAUUUAUGCUGACAGUCUUUUUGGUAUAUUUCUCCCCCCCACCCCCCCCCCCCUUUAUCAAUCCUAAAUUGGAUGGAUAAAGUAGAAUGCAAUAGUGUCUACUUGACAGUCUGAAAAAAAGAAACAAUGGUGCUAUCUCCAGACUGUGCCUGAACUUAUUUAUUCAAUAUUGAAAACAUCUAAAGUAAGUUAAGACAAAUAAGUACACUUGGUGCUGCUUGUAUACAGGGACUUUUGUUUUGAAAUGCCACCUACUAGUGGCAUUUCCUCUGUUCUGUCUCCUCUCGCCCUAACAAGACUGUGGACUGGACAACGAGGGUUAGGUAAAGCUCGCCUGCAGCAGCUUCCUCCAGGUCCCGUUACGCCCGUAUAAGGCUGUGGCAUUCCCUCACGUUUCACGAAAUAGUUUUUAUGUUCUCGAGAUAUUUGGUUUAUGAACACGACACACUGUUUUGUACAUAUGUUAUUGUUGGCUCCUUUUGUCUGUUGUCAUUCUAAAAAAAUAAUGGAUAUAUAUAUAUAAAUAUAUAUAUAUAUAGAUACAUAUAUGAAUAUAUAAGUGAAUUGGAGAUAAGAGUUAUGGUAAGGCUGGUCGUAAUAUUUGCUGUACACUCCAAAUUAGAUAACCAUCUUAACAUACCCAUUAGUUUGACCAUCGAUGGUGUGACUUUAAAGGUUGGGUAUGGGAUUUGCGAAACGCCAGCAGAUUUUGAAAAUACAUAACUCAAAUGGUCCUACCCGCUCUCCUUCAACGCUGACUCUGACUCCACCCAUUCCAAGUACAUGGACGCGCAAUCAUGCACGAGCGCGAACACAGAUGCGCGAGAGCGAGCCAUUAGCUAGUUAGCUAGCUCCAGUAGCUACCGCAGGAUAACAAAAAACAGAAGCUUGCUCUGUGUCACGAGCUUUGAGUACGUGCACGAUGGGGUCGCGCGGGGGGAGGGGGAGUGCAGUACGACCGUUUGAUUGACGUACUUACUGUCCAAUGCCACUCGGUGGUUCUGGAAAUCAUUGGCUGGAGUUUUUCGAGCCCUGCCCGUUCCACAGAUGAUUGUUUAAUUUUCAUGUCAGUACUUCUAACUCAGUGGCUGUAAGUGGGUUAUGAUAACGAUUUCAAAUAUCUUUUCAAAAAUGGCCAAAAAAGAGAAUUCCAUACCCAACCUUUAACCAGAAUCUAGUGGUGGAAUCAUCUUGAAAUAUGCCAGGCGUUUUAACGUGGGUUUUAUGUUUAUUUUUACCAUAUUAGAUUGUGCGGGAGGAAAAUGGUGCUUUUUUUCCAAAUAAUAAAUGUAUCAUUUAAUAAUAAUUUUAUUUUGGUGCAUACAAUACGAAACCUCAGCCUCAUCGCCCACUUCCGGUCCUCGCUCGACGGCGGCCACGUCUGGUGACAGCGGGUCUGUGACGUCAUCACGGUGGUUUGAAUAGUGAACCUGUACUUUGAACCCACGCCUGUUACUGAUUUCCGAGGGUCAGUUGGAAAACAGUAAACGGGUCCAACAGAAGUCUGUUGAGAGGAAGCAGGUUUUCGUUCAGUUUAGCAACAGACGUCAUGAUUGGUCCAAAGGAUAAUCAAAGCUUUUGAUUGGUAGUGCUUUCCUCUAGACUCGGGUUUGGUUGAUCUGUGAACACACCAAUGUGUUUGUGAGGGGGUUCUUUUUCUAGUUGAAAAAGAAAAAAAAACUAAAAAUCAUUUUUCAAAACCCAUAGCCGAUCUUAAGUUCCCAGCACUGAGAGGUCUUUUGUAAUUGUAGGAUCUUGUUGACACUGUUCAGAUAUUUCUUAUACCUGGUGUUUGAUACGAGUUCUGUUGUUCUGUAUUAAGGUUUUACGUUUUGACUCAAAACGCUGAUCGACUUUGAAUACUACUUGUGUUGACAGCGCGGUGCUCUCCUUCACUUAAAACAAGGAACAUGCAGCUAUUGAGAAAGUUCUCCUUUCCUGUUUUCUGUGUGCUACAAAAGGAGCGUGGUUUGGUGACGCGCAACCCAGCUUGUCUGGUGACUAUCCGAUGCUCCAUCUCUCAAACUUCCUACAAUCUCAACGCUGGGGCGAUGUAUGUGCGAGAGAGAAUACGUUUGUUUUGGUAGCCGUGAGCGCUUUUUCCUUUUUGGUUUACUCCUUUUGUUUUUAACCCUGUUCCUGUUCGCCGUCGCCUCCUAUAUAGAGUCAAAGCGACGCGGAGUUGUCGCCGAGGUGCCUCUUCGGUCGAGCGCGACGCGCGUAAAAUCCUCCGCUCUGUUCUCCGUCUUUGUGACGAGAGAGAGAGCGCUGCAGCAAUACAAGUGUCUGGUUAUUUUGAAUCCUGCCAAAGGUUACACUCAGGAAGAACUCUUGAUUGCUUGAAAUUAUGCUACAAUGCAACCCACCAAACGACUGCAUUACGCUGCUGUCGCGGGGUCAUGUGGAGAGGCUGUCUGGCGCCUCUCCAGCCGGCGUUCAGCCAGCAUCGCACAGUCACCUGACGAUUGGCCUUCGAAAAAAAGCGCCUUUGACCUCACGUGCUACGUCUCCUUGACGAAACAACGUGUUCUCCCUGACCCGUACAUCAGGCCACUUCAGCCAAGGCCUUUUCUGUCCCAAACGCCUCGCUUUAGGACCAGAGCUCUGUGUGGGAUUAGAGAUGGAGCGAUUCAGUUGAUGCAGUCCUUGACGUAGGAGAAGCUGUCGUUUCAGAACACCUGACCUGUGUAUAGUGGGGCCAGGCCUGUCCUUAACGUAGGAAGAGCAGUGGUUUAAUACAGAUGACCUGUGUAUAGUGGCCUGUCCUUAACGUAGGGUAAGUGUUGGUUUUACUACAGGUGUGUAUAGUGGAGGGCAGGCUUGAGCUGCAAUAAAGGCAAACCCAGGUUCCAAAACGCCCUGGGGGUUUCCAUGGAGAUAUUCUUGCUAGUUGGUGUUGGUGCUUUUAUCUUAAGAUGUUCUAAUGACGAAUUGAAAUGUUUUGUUUUGCUUUUUAUGAUUAUUAUUAUUAAAAUGGUUUGAUAUAAAUUACUUGUCUCAGUCUCCACUCCUUGGGGUGGGCCGUGUCUGGGGGAAUGACAAGGUCCUGUUGACGGUUUCUCGUCAUGUUGAUGACAAAUAGGCAGGAAGGUAUUAACUGAAGUGAUGACAGCAUGGGAGGAACCGGUAAAAACGAGCCUACCAAUGAUUACAUGUUUGGUCGAGUCAUGGCUAGCCUGGGGAAUUGGAUCACUUGGAUCCCUUGUGUAGAAAUAGCUAAACCUAAUUACCCUGAUUUGGGUAGCUAUUUUUAUGUGUGCAUGCGUUUCAACACUUGUAAAUGUUGAUAUAUUAUUGUUUUUUCUAAACCAAUUGUAAACCUGUAACAUAUAUUUUUUUCCUCGCACAUUGCGGAUCAGGGCUGUGCAAUGUGUACACAGUGGGUGCCAUUGGUUACCCAAGAUAUAUGCGACUCUGUGCCAAAGCCUUGAGUUUAUCUCUUGGCUUCCACCACUCUGAGAUUCGGGAGGCCUUGGUAGACUGAACACAAUGGAGCAGCUGUGAGAGGUUCUCUAUGCAACUGUGGAUGAGAUACUUUGUGGCACUUCAAUCAAUAUGGUAUAAUAAAAAUGGGAUCCAAUGAACUAGGAUUUGAUCAAGGUUUUAUUUGAACAUUGUACAUAUAAUUGUGUAAUUGUUCAUAAAUCCUAAUUUAACUGAAAGUCGGUCCAUGCACGGUUGUAUAGAAGAUUCUUUUAUUUUUAAAACCAAAAUGCUAUUUCAUCCUGACCCCAUUUGAAUCAUUGGCAAACGUAUUCACUCGUCACCAACUAAUCACCUAUGUGUUACCUAGUUUACAUGAAGCUAGCCAUUGAGCCAUAGAAUCAACCUGUUUCGUGGGAUCCACGAAAAGUGUCAACACGGUUUCAAAGUGUGGCCGGUGUGUAACCAUUCCUCCCAUCAUCCCUCGGUCUGGACGCUGUUCUCACCGCCGCUCAGCGGAGUCUAGCUAGCUGGAGGGAUGAGAGCUCGGUGUCCCUCCAACAACAUCUCUUGUGAUGUUUUUCUCCUUCCUUAUUCCCUGCUCUUAUCGCAGAUAAACCUAGAGAGCAUGUGCUGUUCUAACGGGUAGACGGUACCGUAGAGCGCCGAAGU